AUGUGGUAUUCUUGGCCGAAUGCCGUAUUUACGGCAGCUUCGGUUUUGAUCGCCAGCACUCUAGUCGCAACAUACGACCUUGAUGUACAGUCAACAGAUUCUAUCAAAGAUGUCUCGAAGCAAAUGGCGCAGGAUCUGGCGUCGCUCUACAAUGGCAACGAACCUGGUCAAACCCCUGGUCUUCUCCCACAACCGUACUAUUGGUGGGAGGGUGGCGCAUUGAUGGGCGCAUUUGUUGAUUACUGGUAUUACACUGGAGACACAGCUUACAACGACAUUGCAUCGCAAGGUCUACUUCACCAAGUUGGCCCGUACAAUGACUACAUGCCGCCUAACCAGACACUAACUGAAGGUAAUGAUGAUCAAGGCUUUUGGGGAAUGGCCGUGAUGUCCGCGGCCGAGUACAAGUUCCCGAAUCCCCCGUCAGGUCAACCGGGAUGGCUGGCACUGGCCCAAGCCGUCUUCAACACCCAAGCUGCUCGUUGGGAUCCGGAUCACUGCAAUGGCGGACUGCGUUGGCAGAUCUUCACGUGGAACAACGGCUUCGACUACAAGAAUUCCAUCUCACAAGCCUGCUUCUUCAACAUUGCCGCGCGACUAGCGCUCUACACUGGAAACAGUACCUACGCCGACUGGGCCACUAAAACAUGGGAUUGGAUGGUUGGUGUGAAGUUCAUCGACAGUAAUUACAGGAUUUACGACGGAGGCCAUAUCGAGGAUAAUUGCACUACUAUCACACCCUACGAAUUUUCGUACAACGUCGGCGCAUUCCUCCUUGGAACUGCUGCUAUGGUGGCAUACUCUAACACUACUACGAAGCAGUCGAGCGAUGUCGAAAUGUGGAGUGAACGGGUCGACGGAAUCUUGAACAGUACUGAGCAAAUUUUCUUCUACGGAAAUGACACCGCGGAUAGGAUUAUGAUCGAGAUUGCCUGCGAGCCCGUUAACCUGUGCGAUACGGAUGAGUUAUCGUUUAAGGCAUAUCUGAGUCGAUGGAUGGCAGCGACGACGAAGUGGGCACCGUGGACGUUUGACCGAAUCAAGACGCUCCUAUCGAAUUCUGCCAUAGCUGCAGCGAAGCAAUGCACAGGUGGCGAUAAUCACCGCAUGUGUGGUUUGAAAUGGGCGAAUAACAGCGGACAGUGGGAUGGAACGACUGGCGUUGGACAGCAGAUGGCAGCCUUGGAGGUGGUACUUGCCAACAUGAUCCAACAAGCUGAAGCGCCCGUCACCAACGGCACCGGUGGAACUAGUGCUGGUAAUCCUUCGGCAGGAGGUUCGGAUGACGGACGGGUGGAUCCCUCUGGAAGAUUAUAUGGGCCGACAACUUCGGGCGACCGAGCAGGCGCAGCCAUAUGCACUAUUAUCAUUCUCUUCGGCCUCCUGUCUGGAAUAGUCUUCAUGAUGAUGGACGAGACGAAGUCGGUAGCCGAUAACUGGGCUAGCGCCCGCUCGACCGCCUCUGGGGCAUCCGGAUUGGCUCUUCUAGCCGUAGGCAAGAAGAAGCCGACGAAUGAAGAGAAGGGGAAGGGGGUUGUGAUGGAUCGAAGUUCGAGUACCGACACCGGCGAGAAGAUCCCGGCCGUCUACGCGGGUGGUAGAUUACAGAAGCGUUCGAGCGUUCAGGAGCCAAGCCAACGAAGCCCGAACCGUAAUCGCGCGUCAGCUCCGCCGGGCGCAUUCUCCCCCGUAACAGACACGGCGGCAGCACCGAAUCGCCGAUCCUCGACGAACUCGAUCGCGCGAAGAGCCUCGGUGCUUAGAAAGCAGAGGCAGUAA